AUGGAUGAGGCUGCGAGAAGACAAUAUUGUGGUUUACUUAUGUUCGAUAUUCCACCUCAGAAUCUUAAAAGAAACAACGACGUACAAUGUAACAAUUCUUUGAUGAUCGAUUGUACAACUUCUCUUGAAAAUAGUCAAUUUAUCAUUGAUGAAACUGAAUUACAAAUGCGACCUUCUUUAAGGAAAACACCAAGGCCUCCAAAUGCGUUUAUUCUUUAUAGACGUGAAAAACAACCAGAAAUCACCGCACAUUAUGGUAACAUUACUAAUUCAAAAAUUUCAAAGAUCUUGGCAAAAAUGUGGAGAAAUGAAAAAGAUGAUAUUAAAAUGCAUUGGCAAAGAUUGGCAGACCGUAAAAAAAUGGAACAUAGCCAAGCUCAUCCUGGUUACGUAUUCUUUUACUAA